AUGGCUUCCAAAAAAGGCUCCGCGUACGGCGAGGGCCGCGCCUCCGACACCUCGUUCCGCCGAGACUGGGACCUCGAGGAGUACGCCGCCAAGGCGGCCACUCGCGAGGCAGCAGAAAAAGAGGAGCGCAAGGCUCGGUGGGAGGCCAAGCAGGAAGGCAAGAAAUACUACAAACCGCUGACGGGGGACGAGACGCUCACAUCGGCGCGCACGCGGCAUACCGACUUUUCUGCACAAGUCGGUAAGACGUCGCUGGUGGCAGGCGGCGCCGCCGUGGGUAAGAGGGGACGCGGUCCGGGUAUCUACUGCGAGGCCUGCGACCUCAACUUCAAGGACAACCUCCAAUGGGUCGAGCACAUCAAUUCCAAACAGCACUUGGCGGCCAUCGGCCAGACAGACGAGGUCAGGAAGGCAACGGCCCAGGAUGUCCACGAUCGUAUCGAGCAGCUAUGGCUCAAGAAGCAGGAGGAGAAGCUGGCGGCGACCACGAGUCUGCACGAGCGAUUGGCGAUACAGGCAGUCGAGGACGAGAAGGAGAGGGAAGCCAAGAGAUUGAAGCGUCACGAGGCGGCUGAGAAGAAAAGACAGGAGCUGGAGGCAGCCAAGGAGGUCAAGAUGGAAUACGGCGAAGACGUGCGAAUCGAGGGCGAGCACGACGAAGACGAUAUGAUGGCAAUGAUGGGAUUCUCUGGCGGCUUUGGCUCGUCAAAGAAGUGA